UCCUGGUUACUCACGGGCGUGGGCGAGCCGUCCGCCAAGCCACUCAGAACCCGCGUGGGCGAAGACGACCGUUGACCAACCGGGCGGCUUCUCCUCCUCCUCUCCCCACGUCCGCGCCGGGGUUCCGGGCUCGCCAGGCGGCCGCGAUGUGAUGGCUAAGUACAAAGCGCAGGCGGUAGAAGAUGGCCAGGAUGUCCUGAUUGCCAAGGUUACCCCUGGCCACCUGAGGAUCCAGAGGCAUCGCGCCGCGACCAGGCAGGGACCUCCUCAGAGAAAUCGUGGCCGCCUCCGAGACCAACUGCCGGAGGCGCGCCCCCGCAGCGCGUGGAAGUCAGCUCCUCCAACGCCCCGCCCACCACGCCCCGCCCACCCCCAGAGCGCCAGCCACUCUUCUUCCGCCUCUCUGGUCCCGCCCCCAGGCUCCGCCCCCCACCGCCCACGUGCUUCUCGUUCUGUUCCCGCCUCUCUGCCCCGCCCACCCCGGGCUGGGCGUGCAGACGCCAGGUGCUCAGAAAACUUUGUCUGCGGCUACUGGAAGAGACUGCUCAGUAAUUAAGAGCGCUGAGUGCUCUUCAAGAGGACCGAAGUUGGAUUCCCAGCAUCCACAUAAUGGCUCACCACUUCAGUUCCAGGGGGACUUCACACCCUCUUCUGGCCUCCAGAGGCACUACAGAUAUACAUAAAUACUGGCAAAGCUCACUAACAGAAAAUAAAAAUCAUAUAUAUAGAGA